GGAGCAUGCAAUAUCUGGGUGGACUUCUUCUGGGCCGCUCAGAGACGCAGAAGACAAGAACAAGAAGACGAUACAUAUGGAACGGUGUGAGCAGUGUAAGGUCGAACAGGGAGGUAUCCACUUGGGAUUCGAGGACUGCAAGGGAACACCUAGUGCAGAGCCAUUUUCGACCUCCAGUUCUAAGGAUACGCUCCCCGUACAAUCCCAAGGUUCCGCUCGACAGUCUCUCCACAGCGCCGAAACACCCACUCCUCUUGCGGUACACAGAGUGACCUUGGCUCUCUCAGGAAUGACCUGCAGUUCAUGUGCAAGGAGCAUCGCUCAUGCUUUGGACCAGCUGCCUUAUGUGCAUACGGCCAAUAUCAAUCUUCUCACGAACAGUGGCGUAGUAGUGUUUGAGGGAGUGGAUGUUGUUCAAGGCAUCACUACCACGAUCAAAGAUUGCGGAUUCGAGGCCAGUGUGCAGAAGUUGGAAGAUAUCACAUUGGCGACACUUGCGACUGAUUCUCCAGAGGAAGAAUGCAAUAAACGAUGGCGAGCCACCUAUGCGAUCGGCGGCAUGACUUGUGGCUCUUGCGUUAGUCAUGUCAGAGAUGCAUUGGGACCAUACACUUGGGUCGACCAGGUGAAUAUCAAUCUGGUUGACAACAGCGCCAUCAUCGCAUUCAGAGGCAAAGAACAUCUCCCAAAAAUCAAAGAGAUCAUCGAAGAUGCUGGCUACUCAGCGACGCUUGGCAGCGUCAUUGCAAUAGACGCCAUCGCUGAAGCCCCUCGCAUGCGCACUGUGUCGGUCAAUAUCAUUGGGAUGUUCUGUGAUCAUUGCCCAAGCAAUAUCAUACAGAGCCUCGAAAGCACGUUUGCGGGAAGGAUCCGUGUCAAAACUUCACAGUUGUCAUUGGCAUCACCGAUACUCGAUAUUGAGUAUCUGCCAGACCCUAGAGGUGGCUUUACCAUCAGAGAGAUCUUCGCGACGAUUACAGGCAUCAAUCCAGCCUUCCAAACAUCAGUCUACCAUCCAGUUACUAUCGAGGAACGCGUCAAGGCCAUGCAUACGGCGGAGCGAAGGCGGACACUGCGCCAUCUGGGCGUUUGCAUUGCUGUCGCCAUACCAGCCUUCAUACUGGGUAUCGUCCUCAUGAGUUUAGUCCCAAAGAAUAACCGUGUCCGGCAGUAUCUGAUGCAACCUUGGUGUGGGAACGCUUCCCGACUGAGCUGGGCAUUGUUCAUUCUUUCUCUUCCGGUCUAUUUCUACUCAGCUAAAUCAUUCCAUAUCCGAGCUUGCAAAGAGUUGAAAGUACUGUGGCGUCCAGGUAGUCGGACAUCUAUGCGCCAAAGACUCACGCGCUUUGGUAGCAUGAAUAUGCUCAUGUCACUCGGGACGACGAUAGCUUUCCUUGCGUCAGUGGCUGAGCUGGCGUUAGCUGCCAGCAAGAAAUCGUCCGGGUCGAUGGAAAACUCCUAUUUUGAUGCAGUGGUAUUCUUGACGAUGUUCCUACUCAUCGGACGAUUCCUGGAGGCCCUCAGUAAAGCUAAGACCGGAGAUACUGUCGCAUCACUGGGCGCACUACGUCCAAAUGAAGCGGUCUUGGUCAACUCUAUCAGCGGCGACACAAAGGUCCCGACUGAUGUGCUCGAAAUUGGCGAUGUGGUUCGUAUUCACCAUGGCACCUCGCCUCCUUUCGAUGGAAUUAUUCUGGAAGGCACUGCCAGCUUUGACGAGUCGAGUCUUACUGGAGAGUCUCGUCUUAUCAAGAAGGGUGUUGGCGACCAGAUAUUUUCAGGUACUGUGAACAAAGGGGCACCGGUCAAGAUGACAGUCACCACAAUCACGGGCACGUCAAUGCUUGACCAGAUUAUCGACGCUGUCAGAGAAGGACAAACUCGUCGGGCGCCCGUUGAGAGGGCAGCUGAUACAAUCACCGCUCACUUCGUCCCAUUCGUAGUCCUUGUUGCCACGUGUACCUGGAUCAUUUGGCUUAUACUGGGCUCAACAGGCGUGAUACCGAAGAGCUGGAGGGAUGAAGAGGCUGGAGGCUGGGCAUUAUGGUCAUUGAGAUUUGCCAUCGCUGUCUUCGUGGUCGCAUGCCCUUGCGGAAUCGGGCUUGCGGCACCAACUGCACUGUUUGUUGGUGGUGGAUUGGCAGCCAAACAUGGCAUACUUGUACGAGGUGGUGGGGAAGCCUUUCAAGAAGCGAGCUCACUUGAUUGCAUCGUAUUCGAUAAGACUGGGACACUGACACAGGGCGGUAGUCCUGCAGUAACCGACCAUCGGCUUGUCCGAGCCGGGCAAAAUCCAUCGCUUACUUUCGCCGUUGUCAAAGCUCUGGAAGAGAACAGCAGUCAUCCGAUUGCUCAAGCAUUGUCAAAAUUCUGCAGUGAGCAGGUACUCAGUACAUCAGUUCUGGUCUCCGUCGACGAGAUUCCUGGAAAGGGGUUGAAAGGACUCUUCGACGUUAACGGAGCCAACAUGAAUGCUGUCAUUGGCAACGAAGACCUCAUGAACGACCACAACGUCUCUAUUGAUGUGGACACGGCAACCACACUAGAGCAUUGGAAAGCACGUGGGGAGUCUAUAGCAGUACUUGCCUUGUGUUCAGCCUACACAAACAACCGUUGGCAACUUGCUGGCCUUUUCGCCAUCUCUGAUCCCCUUCGACCAGAGGCAAUUGGCGUUGUGAGCGCUCUCAAGAAGAGAGGAAUAGUUGUUUGGAUGCUAUCGGGCGAUAAUCCUACGACAGCAAAUGCUGUUGGCGCUCAAGUCGGAAUCGCCGCCACCAACAUAAUUGCUGGUGUGCUUCCCGAUCAAAAGGCGAAACAGAUCGAGUACCUUCAGCAGACACUGAUGAGGUCACGAAAAUCGACAUUGUUUCAACUGCCAUCGAUAUUGCGCAAGAAGAGGCAGAGCAAACGUGCCACUAUCGCCAUGGUCGGAGACGGUAUCAACGAUGCCCCUGCGCUCACCACGGCAGAUCUAAGCAUUGCCAUCGGUAGUGGUUCAGACAUUGCGCUUUCGUCGUCCUCGUUCAUCCUCAUCAACAGCCAGCUCGAUACGAUCAUCACCCUGCUAGACUUGUCACGUGUGGUGUUUCGGAGAGUGUACUUCAACUUUGGGUGGGCCACUAUCUACAACUUAGUAGCGAUGCCAAUAGCUGCUGGAGUCUUGUAUCCAAUCACGACUGGUGGAGGGACAGACAGUCAUGGCUCGCACAGCGGUGGGAAACAUAUCAGGCUAGAUCCAGUGUGGGCUUCCUUAGCUAUGGCGCUGAGCAGCAUCAGCGUGGUUUGCAGCAGUCUCGCACUGCGGAGUCCCAUCCCUUGGGUUGGAUUCAACGCGGUGAAAGAGGAGAACCUGGGACCACAUGAAGAUGGUGGAGAUGAAGCGGCACAUGUGGUAUGA